AUGUUAAAAAGAGUUUUAUGCAUAAUGGAUAUACAUUCAGACACUGAAGAAGAGCCCCCGAAGGAAGCGGCUAUGGUGGGCACGUUGACACCGACGGCGAGUCACGAUGGGGCGACUGUCGUCACUUCAAUGGCGACGGACGCGUCAUCAAUACCGACAGCAUCUCGCGUUGGUCGAAUUGCGGUAGACGCAUUGAUGAUGCCGCAAAUAAGGAGCGGCAAAUAG